CCUCCCGCCCGUCCCUCCUUUGAGUCCCGGACCGACCCAACCGAACCGAAUAGGAUUGAAAUCGUUUAGUAUUCGUAUAAAUUUACAGAUUUAUCUAUUUUUAAUGAGAAUUUAGUAUUAAGUCAAUAAUGUUAAUAAAAAGAAACGGUUGUAAGUUUCGUUAGAAAUUUCCAGAUGGAUUCUGGAGUUUUGUGUGAUAGAUUUUGUCAUCUUACCGCGGGAAAACUCCGAAACGUUUUACUAUAAUGGCCGCAUUAGCGCCAAUGCUUUUCAUGUUUGUUCUUCGAGAAUGAGAAUCUGAAAUACGUUUUAUAACUAUCUUUGAGUGAAACCAUUACUUUGAAAUGGACAUUAACACUGUGAGUAUCACUAUACAAGUCCCAUGAGACAAGAAAUCACUAGCCAGAAUGAGGUAUCAACACAAUUAUCACUGAUCGACGUCCUACUGAGUGACCUUGACAAGACGAUCACGCCAUGCACUAACAAAAAGAAUGAGAAGAAAGAAGAAGAAACACAGGAUGCAAUGCCAGACUCCACAACCAACACCGAGAAAAGUAAUGCCAACCCGUUCCACUGUGGCGAUGAUGUGCUCGUUCCUAACAAAGAUGGACGGUAUUAUUUAGGAACAAUAGUAGAGCUAAGCACAAGCAAUGACAACGACUCGUGCGAGGUGGGCGCGGGCGUGGCGCGCUGCCUGGUCAAGUUCGGGGAUGGCACGCACUCGUGGGCGGCAGUGUCCGCGCUGAAGCUGCUGAGCGCGCCGCCGGCUGACGAUGGCCGCAUUAUGUGUGUGGUGUGCAAGCGGCGCGAGGGGCCCCCGCCGGCCGCCGGGCCCGCCACCAACGCCAUUAUCGCCUGCGACAUGUGCGGACGUGGGUACCACGCCAAAUGCCACUCGCCGCCCGUCGAUGCGUGGAUUAAUGGUGCGUCAUGGCACUGCAAGCGAUGCGUGGACCAAAGGUACCGGGUGGCGGCGGCGGAGAACCGAGCGUCGAAGCGAUCUGACCUCUUCCGGUUUAAGGGCGGCCAACAGCGGCGGCAGCAGGAAUUAACUCCGCCUUGUGAUACUGCAUCGACGACCUCAUCAACCGCAUCAGAAGCAGGCAAAGAUCAGAAUGAAACUCAUUGUUAUUGCGGAGAAAAGAGUGAUUGGUUAGCACAGAUGUUACUUUGCUGUCGAUGUAACCGCUGGUUUCACCAAAGAUGCGUUUCCAGUUUACAGUAUCCGUUGUACGCCGGCGAUAAAUUGUACAUAUUCGCUUGCGCGCGGUGCAACGGCGGCGAGGAGUAUCUACGGCGGCUGGAGCUGUGCUGGCUCGACCUAGCGCACCUGGCGCUCUAUAAUCUGACGGCCUACAACGCGCCCAACUACUUCGACCUUGACACCGUCAUCAUGCCCUACAUAAUGGAUAACUGGCACGCUCUACAGUUGCCCGAGAAGAUGUGGCGGACACCGGUGAACGAGCGUCGAGAGAAAAUCCUGACAGCGCUGACGUCGUCAAGAAAGCGGUUCAAGUGUGGUAGGGAGAUGAAGAAGCGAGCCACUAUCUGGGGGCUCCGGUUCCGUAGGCCGCCGCCGCCGCCCGCACAGCUAGCUGCCCUAGAGCAGAUAAAGAAGGGAGAGCCUCUAACGGAUGAGUUAGUGCGGGAGUAUUCGUCUCGGCUCCGGUUCCUGCCGCGAGCACCCUCGCCGCCCGCGGUGUCCACAGUCGAUGACAGUUUACAGCCUUCCAGUAGUAACAACGAUAAAAGUUCCUAUAAAAAUCAUAAUCAGCGUAUGAUAGUACCCGUCGACGGGCACUGGUUGAAUCUGAUGAUGGGAAAAAGGUUUCACGAAAACUUGAACUCGAAUUCUAAUUCAGAAAACGACUCCACUAGUUCCUAUGAAUCAAUAAAGCCUACCGAAACAGACGAGCGGCCAGCGACCACCAUUUGUACUUCCACUCCUCGAAAGUCUGAUGCCAAAGAUGAUAAUUUAGAAAAAGUUAAAGAAAAAUCCGAAAGCAAUGAAGUUAAAUCCAGUUGUCAAACUCCUCCAGUGCCAUCUCUAAAAACAUCGCUAGUUUCCUGCUCUGUAAAAUUAGAUAAAAUACCCAAAGAUGAAAUAGACGACGCAGACUUGAGCAAAAAUAAUUCUAGUAAGUUUAAUAUCAACUCGCAUUCAACUAGAAUAGCUACAAUGAACUUAGAAAUAUCUAAGCUAUCUACCAAGAAUAUCAUCGAACAUUCCAAAAUCAUGUCUCUGCAACAUAUGGACAGUUUGCCUCCGUACGGUACCAGCUUUAACCAUGACAUGGAAUCUUCUGGCGACGAAACUUCCAGUCGUGGCACUUUAGACGCUAUCAUACCACCAUUAAAAGACUUUCAGGGUAAAAACAACCCAUUCUUAAUGCAGAAUAGUUAUUCAUCCAAAAAGCCAUUGAAGUCGGCGAUGAAUGUUUAUAAUAAACAAAAUGGAAAGCAGAAUAACUUCCAUUCAAGAUAUUCGUUGCCUGUGCAACUGAACCCGCUGAUGGGCCCUCUCGUCCGACCUUUGAAAAGGAAACUUAGCGAAAAAGACAUCGUUAUAGGACCAAAUGGAGAAGUAAAGCGUAGGAAAUAUAGAAGACCGAGAAAGUAUUUACAAAUGCAACAGUUAAAUAAAUCGUGUCCACUGCCUGAUGACAACAAAACCGUCCAGAAUCAAAAUGAGAACGGCGAAGUCACCCCGCAACCCGGACACAACGUGAAAUUUCACGGUAGAAGACUGAGACAAAGACAAGAAAAGAAUUACUACGAGAACGCGCGGCGGAACACGGCUAACAGCGCCAGUAAUAAUAGUGUGAAGAGCCUGCAAUUGAGCCCGCAUAAAACAAAUGGCGGGAGUGUGGAAACGGACGCGGAUCAGUUGUCCAAGUUGAAGUCACGCGUGCAGUCAUACUUCCGCGACGGGCAGACAUUCCGUGUACUCGCGCGCAGACUGGCGCCCGCCGCGUCACCAGCCUACCUCAUUGAGUGGGACUCCGCAACCUAGUUCGCGCCAAUACAUGAAUUUAUUUAAAUAUACAUGUUAUUGAUUGAUGUAAUAAUAUAUUAAGUGCUUGUCUGUAGUCUAAUUUAGUUACAUGUACAUUAAGAUCAAGGAAUGUGAUAUAUUAUUAUUCCAACCGGA